GAUAGAAUUUUCCACACAAACCAUCUGGUCCAUGAGCUUUGAGAGCACCCAACUGAAAAGUUGCUGCAGUAACCUCUUGUAGGGUCACUUCUUCAAUCAACACUUGGUUCAUCUCCUCUGUUACAAGGUUUCGAGCUUCCAGAGAUCCUUGCUUGGUGCUUUCUAAAGAUGCUCCUCCACUCUCUCUCAGUUCUUGUGAAGGAUUAAGCACAUCCAUAUUCUCUUCCCAAACCAUGGGUUCCUUCAUCUUGGCAUUUCCGUGUUCAUUUGCCCUGCUGGUGCUUGUAUUCUUCAAGUCUAUUGGAUUGCCCUUAUACACCACAAUAGGUGCUGCAUCCAGUGGUGUUUCAGCUUUCCCAAUCGCUUGCAGAGGGCAGCAAGCCGGACUUUAGAUUCUUUCAAGUCUUCCAUGAAGAGAGCUUAUAACAUCUCUGAAAGCAUACGCUGGCUAAACACAAAGCAGGUCAAAGGGGAUGAAGAUGGGAAAUGAUUAGGGUUUUGCGGUUGAAAAGAGGUGGCUAUUUUAAGGGGGCAAACGUGAUUUUUGGGUAGCAAUUGAGUGGGUCGGCCAUGAUCUCACAAUGAAACAGCAAAGACUAUAUGGAAAAGGUUAGGGUUUUGGAUUUCAGUGACUAGCCAAAUGUAGAGGGAGCUCUCCUAAGAAGAGAGAGAGAGAGAGAGAGAGAGAGAGAGAGAGGAAACUCUCCUGCGAGAGAGGGUUUUUAUGACAUGGGUCGAGCAUAAUUUGGGGAAAUUAUGACUCGUUAGAACAGGGAAUUGAAACGCUAUUCUUAAUUUGGCAUCUAAUCUAAUGCCCAAACUGUCCAUUUCUCUCCGUCUUGUAGCGUAUACCCUCUCUCACUACCUGCUCUCGACAAGCCCAGCAGUACUUCCACUCCCCUCGCCAUUUCGUUCUUCAGUUCUUAUCCUCGGCUUCCCUUCGCUCGACUCGCAUCGACGCGCCAUGAGCUCCAGACCCAAGAGCGGCAACAUCACCCCCGAGUCCCUGUGGACAUGGACGACGAACCCAGACGGCGGCAAGCCCAGGAGGAAGAAAGGCGACAGGCGUUUCCCCGUUGCCGAGUUCCUCCAAGACAAGCACCGGCAGCUCCAGGAGCUGGUCCCGGGUCCCGGGGCCGGGUUCGGGGUCGGGUGCGGAGCCGGGCUGGGGCUCGGCUUGGUCGGGGGGCUCGGGUUCGACGGCUCGCCGUGGAGCCACCUGAGGCUGGUGUUCGGGGUCGGCGCGGGUUGCGGCGUCGGGGUCGGGUUCGGGUACGGGCGAGGGUUCGGGUACGGCGCUAGCUUGGAUUCUCUGGCCAGGGACCCCAAACGGAGCUCCAAGUCGGAGAGAAGGAUGAUCAAUUUGUAGCCUGAGAUUGAACCCCUUUUAUAUGGCGAUUUCUUUCAGCUGGCAUUCGGGUUUUGUAUGCUUAUUAGAGUGUCCUGACAGUGAUUGGUGCACAUUUUCAUUUGUUACUCUGUCACUUGAUGGUUUUCUGAAGAACAUGUGCACGAUCAAGUUGAUGUUUCAUUGUCUUAGUUGCAUUAGACAUUGACUUUGGCAGAAGAUUAAGUUGAUGGCGAAGAGACAUGAAAAUGUGUUGCUUUUCCUGAUAAAAAAUCGGGUGUGAUGUUAGGGAGCUAAGCUAAACAAAGAAGAGCAUAUAAAGAGAACACAUUUGAAUUCCAGGUUCAUAGCGUGACUGCCUGAAUCUGGGUUCUUGAUA